AAUCGGCUGCAGCUGGUACAUUUGUAAACACUCGUAUCGAGGUUAUGUUCUCUGCUCCCUAUUUCUUAGCACUUUGUGACAAACUCUUGUUUUGCUGACCAUGGACCACCUGAAGCUUGUUCACAACGAGAUUAACGUUGGUGACAUAAUGAAGCUCGUGUCAUCUCCUUCUUGUGGAGCAACUUCGUUAUUUGUUGGCACUACACGCGAUAAUUUUGAAGGAAAGGUAGUGAAACGAUUAGUGUAUGAAGCUUAUGAAGGAAUGGUUCAAAAGUCUCUAAAAACGCUUUGUGAUGACAUUCGUUCAAAGUGGAAUGUUCAUGGAAUUGCCAUUUAUCACAGACUUGGGGAGGUAGCUGUUGAGGAGGCAAGUAUUGUCAUAGCUGUAUCAUCUGAACAUCGUGCAGAGUCUCUACAAGCCGUUCAAUAUGCUAUUGAUAAGUUAAAAGCUGACGUGCCAAUAUGGAAGAAAGAAGAGUAUGAUGGUGAUGCAACAUCUCAGUGGAAAGAAAAUAAGGAGUCUUCAUGGAUCAAGACCGAACCAGAAGAAAAUGUUACUCCUGAGAAUCCGGUGAGCUUUAUAGUGGAGAAUGUUCCGCCUGAAUUGAUUCAAGUCAAGGCAGAUGAUGCAGAGAUUAAAAGAAGGAUGGAAGCUUUUAUGGAAUUUAAAAGAAAUCAGGUAAAUUUAAGUAAUAUUCGGGAUUUUUGUAGCAACUCUAGUUCAGAUUCCAGCUGUGCACGGGUGGAUGCUGCAGUUAUUCGUCAGAAAGAUUCAAAAGGACACUUACGAGUCCGUCGAGUUUUAAAUAAAACUGGUCCUCAGACCCAGGGUAUUGAACAAUGGCCCAGCACCUCUGGUGCAUCGUCAGUAGUUCCCUCUUUUACACCAGAUAAUAAAAAAGGAUUAGCUUUGGAUAACUCUAGAUUACGAAAUGCUGAGCUGCAUUUAGGCAUAAAUGAUGCUUUAAAUUAUCGACCUGUACCUAAAGAUGUGUAUGCAAGGCUUAAACAAUUGGAAGAUAGAAUUCUAUUCUUGGAGGGUGUCUCGCCAGAGUACUCCCUGGAAUCACUGAAGUGACAUCCUUAUCUUCCUUUGGACUCUGUAACUUCAAGCCCAGUCAAGUAGUAAAGGUUCUUUCACUUAUUCGGCCUUUACUAUCACGAUGUAUAAAUAAGUUGGAUAGAAUAGUCCGUCAUGCAGUGUAAUAAGUGAUUUGUAAUAUAUGUGAUAUGUUAUUAUUCCUUUAAUAAUAGGCAAUGAAUUACCCAUGUUACUUUCCAUGAGCUACUUGUUUUGAUUUUGUAAGUGUAAAAUUUGAUUUUGUUUACCAAAAUUUAUCAAGUUGUUAAAAAUAUAAAAAUUUACUUUAUUUUUA